UACUCAGACUGGAACCUGCUGGAAGUUGGAGUGGAAACUGAGAAGAAUCUGUUUUUUUUUUUUCGUUAUUUAUUUUACCUGAACAGCUUCAAAGCCCAACCCGUUUGAGUUUGGCGAGUCUGAUAAAUAAAACCACAACAAUAACGCUCCAGGUUUUCCAUUGUGCUUGAACCUGAAACUGUCUAAGACAAAACGACAGUGAUCGUGUCGAUUUUGAGAAUGGAGAUGGGAGUUAAAGUUCGAUGCCAGAGAAUUGGGUGCGACACUAUGUUCUCCGAGGACGACAAUACUGAAGGUUCUUGUCGAUACCAUCAUUCGGGACCUAUAUUUCAUGAUGGGAUGAAAGAAUGGAGUUGCUGUAAGAAAAGAAGUCACGAUUUUAGCUUGUUUUUGCAAAUUCCAGGAUGUAUGACAGGAAAACAUACAACAGAGAAACAAGUAGCUGCACCUGUUAAGAAGAGCACCAUGCCCCCUCCAACUGUAACUCCUUCAACCAAUGCAUCUUCUAAGGACUCUUGUUCAAGGUGUCGGCAGGGUUUCUUUUGCUCUGAUCAUGGUUCCCAAAGCAAACCUGUAAAUAUUGUUGGAGACAAAUCCGUAAAUCUUGCUGGAGACGCCUCUGCUGUUAACAAUUCAAGUGUUCAAGCUCCAAAACCUCCAAAGAAGAUAGUUGAUAUAAAUGAGCCCCAGGUAUGUAAAAAUAAAGGAUGCGGUCAAACAUUCAAGGAAAAGGAUAAUCAUGACACUGCUUGCAGCUACCAUCCUGGCCCUGCCGUCUUUCAUGACCGGAUGAGAGGGUGGAAGUGCUGUGACAUUCAUGUGAAAGAAUUUGAUGAGUUUAUGAGUAUUCCUCCUUGCUCAAAGGGAUGGCAUAAUGCUGAUCCCGAGUCCUGAUCAAUGAAGACACCAAAGGAGGGGUUAUUUUCUUGCAGUCACUGAAAUGGAAAAGGUGCUGUUGAUUGAUACUGUAUUCGGGUCAUUGCUUAAUUAGAACAAAACAUUGUCUCCUCUUUUUCAUCAACUUCAUUCCCUUUCAAUUGGUCAACCUCUAUAGUUAAUUUGCUGAAAGUCACUUCAUAAGGAUGAUUAUUGUGAUACUGUAGGACCUGAAUUUUUUGUCAUGUGUUCCUUGAAUAUUGCAAUUUUCUUUUUCAAGUUUGGACCCAGCUAAUGUUGAAAGAUGUUAAACUAUCUAUAGGUUAUUUUUAAAAUAUGGCAAUGAGUAUGAUUUGGAUAAGAUAUAAUAUUUUUCAUUUU